AAGACGAAGAAGACGAAGAAGACGAAGAAGGAAGGCGAGCAUUUUGAUACCAGGCCACGACCUGCCACGGAUAGUCGCUAACAUAAAAAAAGGUUACAUAACUCCGAAAAUUUUGAUUUCACUUUAGCUUUGUGUGAUCUUCCAAGAGGGACGCGUCGAGACGAAUCUGUUCAUCAACAAAUUAACCGUAAUAUUUGGACUUUGGCACAUCACUUCAUCAUUUCAAACGGAUCAUCAUGGCUGAUGAUUUUGACGUUGAGGCCAUGCUGGAGGCUCCAUUCAGAAAGGAUGAGAUCAAGUCCUCUCAUGCAAAUGGACAUGACGACCAGAACAAAAAGAAAAAGAGGAGCCGAAGCAAGAGCCGAAGCCCAGGCUCUAGGAGGAGAAGAAGCAGAAGCAAAGACAAAAAGAAGGGUAAGAAGAGGAGCAAGAGCAGAGAAAGAAAACGAAGCCGCAGCAGAGAGCGCCAUCGCAGCAACUCCCGAAGCAAGGAGCGCUCUGGCCGGUACAGAGCACGGAAGAGCCCAGUCCGGAAACGUUCCAAAAGUCGGAGCCCCUUGAAAAAAGAGAAGAGUCCCAUCAGAAAUUUUGAGGAUGCUAUCGGGCCGUAUAACAAAAUCAGGGAGCAACCAAUUGACAAUUUAACACCAGAGGAGAGGGAUGCCCGCACAGUUUUCUGUAUGCAGCUCGCUGCAAGAAUCAGAGCUCGAGACCUGGAAGAUUUCUUCUCAGCUGUUGGAAAAGUAAGAGAUGUGAGAAUGAUCUCAGACAGAAACUCUAGGAGAUCAAAGGGCAUCGCUUACAUAGAGUUUGUGGAGUCUUCUUCUGUACCACUGGCUAUUGGAUUGACUGGCCAGAGGCUUUUAGGAGUGCCCAUCAUCGUCCAGGCCUCUCAGGCAGAAAAAAACAGAGCUGCAGCUGCUGCCAACAAUCUACAGAAGGGCAGUUCAGGUCCAAUGAGGCUGUACGUGGGCUCCCUGCACUUCAACAUUACUGAAGAAAUGCUUCGAGGGAUCUUUGAGCCGUUUGGAAAGAUUGAGGGAAUCCAGCUAAUGAUGGACAGUGAGACUGGACGAUCCAAAGGAUAUGGCUUCAUAUCGUUUGCAGAUGCAGAAUGUGCAAAAAAGGCCUUGGAGCAGCUCAAUGGCUUUGAGCUGGCUGGACGUCCGAUGAAGGUGGGACAUGUUACAGAGCGCUCAGACUCAUCGACAGCCAGCUCAUUCCUGGACAACGACGAACUUGAGAGGACCGGCAUCGACCUGGGAACCACAGGGCGUCUACAGCUUAUGGCUCGGCUAGCAGAAGGAACUGGUCUGAAAAUCCCUCCUGCUGCUCAGCAGGCUCUACAGAUGACUGGGUCCAUACCCUUUGGAAACAUUUCUGCUCCAACAUCUGUUCCAACUCCAGCUCCAAGCCAAGCCUUGAACCUCCCUUCACAGCCGUUGGCCACACACUGCCUUCAGCUGUCCAAUCUGUUCAACCCACAAUCGGAAAACGAUCCCAGCUGGGCUGUCGAGAUCCAAGAUGAUGUUAUUGAAGAGUGCAACAAACAUGGAGGAAUUGUUCACAUUUAUGUUGAUAAGAACUCGGCUCAAGGUAAUGUGUAUGUGAAGUGUCCCUCAAUACCAGCAGCGAUGGCAACUGUAAAUGCACUUCAUGGACGCUGGUUUGCAGGCAAAAUGAUAACAGCUGCCUACGUUCCCUUACCAACCUACCACAACCUUUUCCCCGAUUCUGUAACGGCGAAGCAGCUCCUUAUGCCGGCACGCCGAUAGUCUGACACUCAUGAAAGUCAGUGUAAAUACAUUGUUUGCAGUCAUUGAAAAAGGACACAUUGACAUUAGUUGGCUGUGUGUAAUAAAAGUUGCCUCAAGUUCAUGUGUUCACCAUUGAAAAUUAGGCAGGUUUUUUGAGUUGCUUUUCAAAUCUUGAGUUUGUUGUAAACUACAGGUAUAUUGGUCUGUAUGUUUUUAAAUAUUCCUGUCUUUCUGCUUGUUUAAAUCAAACCAUUUUAGAUUUAAAAUAAAUUGCAAAGAGUUACAAAACUGUUGGGUUAAUAGGCCUUAAAUGCCAAAAGUAUAUCCAUGUCAACAAUAAUCCUUUGUAACUUUUUACAGCCAUAAUUUCAUUUUUUGUAUGAAGGCUCCCAAUAAACUUUGGCAAAUUUGACAUUC